CCGCCGCCGCUACCGAGGCCGAGCGGAGCUGUUACUGUCCUACCUGCCCCCGCCCCCAGCCUCCGGAGGAGUCCCGGGCCCGCCCGCCGGCGCACAGAGAUUGAAGAUGAAAGACAAUGAAGGCAUAAUUGAGAGAACAAGAUCGAAGAAGAAAAAGGGGAUGGGAUCAAGGGCACAAGUAGAGAGGUUGAUCUUGACAGGAAGGACCACCUCUUCCCCAGAGUUUGAAGCAAAGCAGAUAUUUUAUAAAAUGUCUAAUGGUUAUGAAGAUCACAUGGCUGAAGAUUGCAGGGAUGAUAUCGGUAGAACGAAUUUAAUUGUCAACUACCUCCCUCAGAACAUGACACAGGAUGAAUUACGAAGUUUGUUUAGCAGUAUUGGUGAAGUUGAAUCUGCAAAACUUAUUCGUGAUAAAGUAGCAGGACACAGCUUAGGCUAUGGCUUUGUGAAUUACGUGACUGCAAAAGAUGCCGAAAGAGCAAUAAACACACUGAAUGGCCUGAGACUCCAGUCAAAAACCAUUAAGGUAUCCUAUGCUCGGCCAAGCUCAGAAGUUAUCAAAGAUGCCAAUUUGUAUAUUAGUGGACUCCCAAGGACAAUGACACAGAAAGAUGUGGAGGACAUGUUUUCAAGAUUUGGACGCAUCAUCAACUCUCGUGUACUUGUGGAUCAGACAACAGGUUUGUCCAGAGGGGUUGCAUUUAUCCGGUUUGACAAAAGAUCAGAAGCAGAAGAGGCAAUUACCAGUUUCAAUGGCCAUAAACCCCCAGGUUCUUCCGAACCCAUAACAGUGAAGUUUGCAGCCAACCCUAACCAGAAUAAAAAUGUGGCGCUGCUCUCUCAGCUGUAUCACUCACCAGCUAGACGAUUUGGAGGGCCAGUUCAUCAUCAGGCACAAAGAUUCAGGUUCUCCCCUAUGGGUGUAGAUCACAUGACUGGGCUUUCUGGUGUAAAUGUCCCAGGAAACGCAUCUUCUGGCUGGUGCAUCUUCAUCUACAACCUUGGUCAAGAUGCUGAUGAGGGAAUCCUCUGGCAGAUGUUUGGCCCCUUUGGUGCGGUUACCAAUGUGAAAGUUAUUCGCGAUUUCAACACCAACAAGUGCAAAGGUUUUGGUUUUGUGACCAUGACAAACUAUGAAGAAGCCGCCAUGGCCAUAGCAAGUCUCAAUGGCUACCGCCUGGGGGACAAAAUCUUGCAGGUUUCCUUCAAAACCAACAAGGCCCACAAAUAACUCGCUCCCGCUGUUUGGUACGGAAUAGCUCACUCAGAGUGACACCAGUUGAAGCAUUUUUUUGUUAGUGUAAAACUCAUUUUGCGCCAAUUUUCACGUGUUUGUCUUAGUCUAAAUGAGAAAUGAAAAGGUUUUUUAUACUCUGGGAUGCAACUGACAUGUUCAAAUGUUUGAGAUCCCACAAUGUUAGACCAAUUUUAAGUUUCUUAAGUUAUUUCCUUUAAAAUAUAUAUGAAACAGAAAUCUUAGUAGACUGCAUUAACUAACCAGCCCCUCUGGAUGGUGGUAAAAUUGAAGCAUGCUUUAACUUAUAAGACUGUCUAACAUUUGUUUCAUUUAAUGUUUCCACAAACUGGAAAAACAAAUUCUUUUUCUUCUUAGUUGUUAAACUAAAGAUGUUAGACUGACACUGAGUGUGCUUUUUCUCAAUAGCUUAAGCAUUUAAAAUGAUUGACGCCUUAGUUGACAGUAAAUUGCUUUCUGAAGCAGUUUUCAUUGCCACUUUUCUGUUAACUUAAUUUUCAGUUUUUUUGUUUUUUUUAAAGUGGUCUUGUAAGUAGUAGCAUGCCUGCCUGACUUUUAACACCAUUGGGGAGGUAAGUUGCACGCUGAGCCGUGGCCAGACUGUCGAAAUUAAAGUACAAAGAUUUUUCAGAAGCCCAAGUUUGAGUAGGAAUGGACCAAAGAGUUUCAAAGAAACUCCAAGAAGAUUCCAGAGUCAAAUUUAUUCUCCAAAACAGUGUGAACAUAUGUUGCUCCUUUGACAUCCUGAAUCUUUUGUCCAAAUAGCGUAUGCCUGGUGCACUACAUCCUGGUACAUUAUCUUUUGAGAGAACUUUGCAGUUUCAAAGAUCAUUCAACAUAGUUUAAAUUCACAAGGAUAGCUCUAUUUUGUAAUAACACAUAAACAUUUGAGCAUUGUAUUUCUCGCAUCCCUUCUUGUGAGCGUUAGAUUCUUUUUUUCUAUCUUAGGUUUUGUUUUGAAAAUUUGCUUUCAUGUGAACACUCAGCAGAAAAGUACUUAUUUCUUGCCAGUUAUCUAUUAACAAGAAGACUUUAAUUUGUAGUUUUAAAGAUUAACCCCCAAAGUUUUCUUCAUGCUGCCUUGACUAUUUUGGGUUGUUCUGUUUCUGUUAAAUUUUCUUUUGCUUUUUUGUGUUUUUUGUUUGUUUUUACUUUUGCAUUUAAGACCAUUAAAUUUGAUUUUGUUUUGCUCAAAUUUUGUUUUGUUUUUUAUUUUCAAUUUUCUUUUGUUUUGGGUAGGUAUUGUACAGCAGGUCCAACAUUCAGGGAGAAUUGUCAGGUCUUAAGGAGAGUUUAACGGCCUCAGGAAAAAAGCCUUGACAUGUCUGUGGUGGCGGUAUAAACUAUAUCAUCGCAGGAUGAUUCUUUUCUAAACCUACCGAUGUUGAUAGGCAGUUAGAAAGAGGCCGCAAUAGGCAGAUAGGCUGGUAGCAUGCAGCAAGAGAGAACCCCGGGAAGCUGUUUCAAGAACCUGAUCUGAUUUUUAUAUAACUAAUGUACAGAGAAAGAAAAAAAAAUGGGAUGAUUUAGGACCAGUAAUUUUUAACUAUGACAUGAGAUGGAACUAUUUAAAGAUGAUGUUUUUUAGUUAUUGGUGUAAUGGAAUUACUGAUUUAUUUUUUUAAAAGGACAAAUUAGGCAAUAGGUAUCACCUUCUCCCAACGCAGUUCAUUAUUUUCAGAAGUAUCUGGAUAGUUGGCCUCAUAACUGCUUUCCAUUCACCUAGCCUUCCAAAAUAUUGAGUCCCUAUCACUUGUUUGUAUUUGCUUCACGACUUUUAAAAAGGUUUCUUUUUUCACUUUUUACACAUGAUGAAAGAUUGGUGCCAAGGCUUGGCCUUGAGAGCUAGCCGGACACUGCCCAGGAUCCACCUUACCCUCAGAAGUAACAAAAUCCAAAGGAUUGUAGCCGCUUUUUAUAACAAGGAUUUGUGGUCUG